AUGACAGAAAAGAAAGAUAGUGGAUAUUCAUGGAUGAUUUUGAUUGGAUCUAGUAUUAAUUAUUUCAUCUCAGUCGGCGUAAUGAAGCUGUUUGGCAUGCUUUAUUCAGAGCUACUAGAAACAUAUGACAGCGCUGCAGGAAGUACUGCAUUCAUAAACAGUCUACAGAUAUUCAUUAUGGCAGCUGUCAGGAUUGGCUUUGGAUUUGUUUACUCGCCAUCAGUGACAAUCGUCAAUUAUUAUUUCCACAAAAAGAAAGCUUUGGCAAACGGAAUAGUUGGAGCUGCAAGUGGUGUCUCUACUAUAAUUCUUCCAAUUUUGUAUAGAACUGUUUUUGAUGUAUAUGGUUUACAUGGAGGUUUAAUUGUUCUUGGUGGUUUUUGCCUAAAUCUUUGUGUUGGAAGUGUUGGUUAG